UUCAGAUGUGCUUUAGAUAUAUUUUAGUGCCUGAAAUGUAGAGUACGCAAUACUAGUGACUGUGUGAAAAUAUAUAGCCUGACGUGAUGUGAAGUGAUGGUAACCUUUCCUAUCGUGUAUUAUUCAAUCUCUUUUCUAAUAAGAAAUUAGAAUAAACAAGGAUCUAAUUAGCCAAAGUUAUAAUUGGUACGUCUACCUUAAGUGAUAAUAAACAAUUCCUUAGCCAUCGCGUAUUUGUUUUUUUUUUCGUCGAAACGCUCCGAGGUUAUUAUAAUAGAAUGCUGGACAGUAUGUAAGGGUGGCAAGGACGAGGGGGUGGGGGCAUCAGCAUGGCGGUGGGGGAGGCGCGGAUACCGCCCCUACUGCGCGAAGAAAUAACGCACACUCACCAGGAAUCACCGAAGCCCGCCGGGGCAUCGAACGGCCACCAAUCGCUGAGCCAUGGGACCACCGUGGCGACGUCGCUGGUGGCGGGCGCCGCUGCCGGGGCCAUUGCGAAGACUGUUAUAGCGCCGCUGGACCGCACCAAGAUUAACUUUCAGAUCUCCGAGACCCCGUACUCGUGGCGCGCGGCGUGGUGCUUCCUGCGGCAGUCUGCGGCGCGCGAGGGGCUGCGCGCGCUGUGGCGCGGGAACUCCGCCACCAUGGCGCGCAUCGUGCCCUACGCCGCAGUGCAGUUCACCGCGCACGAGCAGUGGAAGAGGCUGCUCGGCGUGGACUCGCCGCAGGCCGCGCGGGCGCACCCGGCGCUGCUGGCGCUGGCCGGCUCGCUGGCGGGCGUGACGUCGCAGAGUAUGACGUACCCGCUGGACCUGGCGCGCGCGCGCAUGGCCGUCACCAGCGCGGACCACUACCGCACGCUGCGCGCCGUCUUCACCACCGUCGUCCGCGAGGAGGGCGUGCGCACGCUCUACAGAGGUUACUGGGCGACCGUGCUGGGCGUGAUCCCGUACGCUGGCGUCUCCUUCUACACGUAUGACACUCUCAAACACAAAUAUUUAGAGCACUUCGGUCGGGAGCAGGGCGCGCUGGUGAACGUGGCGCUGGGCGGCGCGGCGGGCGCGCUGGCGCAGACCGCCUCCUACCCGCUCGACAUCGUGCGGCGCCGCCUGCAGACCGCGCGCCGCGCACACUCCGCGCUGGCGGCCGCCGCGCACGUGCGCAGGACGGAGGGCUGGCGGGGGUUCUUCAAAGGUCUCAGCAUGAACUGGGUCAAAGGCCCUAUAGCUGUGGGCAUCUCCUUCGCCACCUACGACGCCAUAAGAACCCAACUGCGAGACCUGGCCGUCACUCUGCAGAGCUAGUGAAGCCACGCUGCUGCACUCGUGUUUGUAUGUUUGUAACUCGACGAUCGAGGUUCAUAUGUUAUUAACAUGUUACUAACAGCCCCGGUGGUGCAGCGGUUUAGCAUGACAUUCCGAUGGUCACAGGUUCGAUUCCAAUAUGGUCUGGAUAUUUCCUGUUUAUAUUAUACUAGCUGUACCCGCGGUUUAACCCGCGUGAAAUUUAUUAGCCUACAUGUUAUUCUGAUGUAUAUGUAGGAAAUAUUAAAUGAAGUGAAGUGUUUUAAAAUAACAAUGCAUUACAUUAUGAAGCGCCUGUAAUAUUAUCAUAGCAAAGAUUAUAACAAUAUAGACAUAAAUUAUAAAUUAUGAAUCGCAUGAAAUAUUAUCAUAGCAAAGAUUAUAACAAUAUAGACAUAAAUUAUAAAUUAUGAAACGCCUGAAAUAUUAUAAUAGCAAAGAUUAUAACAAUAUAGACAUAAAU